AAGACAUUUAGACACCGGAGACCACACUGCAUUGACUCUAUAUGCGGAUUAUUCGGAAAUAAAGUGACAGCUCAGGACAGUGAAUUUUGAAAAUGGAGAUUGUUCAAAUCCUGCUCAUACCAGCAACAAUAAUUGGCAGUGUUUUACUGGUGGUAUCGUGUUUGUUUUUCAAAGGAUUGAGAGGAAAGAAGGGAAAUACACCUCCAAAACAGACCAAAUCAGAAAAGACCAAUAAUCCUGUUGAAAAUAGAAAAAUCGAUGGCAUCACCAAUCUGGCCUUCACAGAUGGAAGCGGAAAAAUAAAUUCAGACGUUGAGAACGGUUCCAUGGUUUACGACUAUGUAAGGAACGAACAUGGUUCUGGGAAAGAGUGGGACGUUUCACAUCAAAAUUGCAAUGUUUCGCCACUGUAUGCCGACGCCACAGACACAACCACAAGGUUUUACUUCUCUUUGGAAAGAGAUGCUACGAAGUCUGCAGAAACUCAAGUAAGCAUCGAGGACGACGAGGGUUCUUAUGUCAUUGCCAUACCGGAAAAUAUUUAUGAUAAACCCGAAGAUUCAAUGGAAGAGGGCACUCCUACUGAUGAAGAACAUGCAUUGGAUGCAGGCCAAUUAUAUUUUACGCUAGAAGAAUGUUCUGAGGAAGAAGAAAAUAACGAAACCAUUCGUAUAAAUGUUGUUCCCGAAGCGAAUGCAGAUUACACCGAUGGUAUUUAUGAUGUGGCGGAGGAAAUGUGUGAGAAUGGCACGAGAGAUGAAGUUGUGAUAGAAAACGAAGAACAGGACAAAAUGAACGAUGACCGGCCAUAUGUAAUAAGCAUACCGAAUGGAGCGAAUGAAUACGAAGAGGGGGAAGAAGAGUUCAAUGUUAUCAAUGAACCUGAUGAUAUGAAUGGUGAACCUUCGGAGCAAAUGAGGAUUGAGACGACGGGAGAUGGAGACGAUGGUUGCGUGGAGAUAAAAGUAGAUAAAAAUAACGAAUGUUCUGAAAAUAGCGGAGUAGAAAUGGAUUUCGAUAAUUCCGAGAGUAUAUACGAAAAUGUAACUGCGUGUUUGCAACCUGAGAGUCAAGCACAUGCUCAUGUGAACAAUGCAAAAAUCUCAGAGGUGGUCACAGCAACAACAGGUGAUAAAAACAUGAUCACUACAAAAACAUUCAGUUAUGAAAACAGUCAGGAGAAUAUGGGAUAUCUUGACGACGAGGUAUUAACGCAUAGUGAAACUGAAGGAACUUUACAAAAUAAUGGGAACGGAAAACCUCAUUUUGUCCCAAAUAAAUCACUGGCAAGUGAGUGUUUCAGCGACGAAAAUGAAAGUGAAUAUAAGGAAUGUCAUGAUGAUGACGAUAUUUAUGAAGAUUGGGAAGAUAAUAUCGUUGGUAGAACAGAAGAGUUGGGAUUAAACCAGGUGUCAGGUUGUGGAGAUUUUUAUCAAAAUGUAAGAGAUAUGAGACUUUCUCUAGUGAUGCAAAAAAGUGGAUGAAAAUGAUAUAGUAUUAAGUAUUUUACAACGAAAAUUGCAAAUAUUAUAAUGAAGUUAUAUCGAACCACAGUUACAAAACUAUAAGAGACACGUGAAUGUUAUCUAAACAACAAUAAUAUAUAUUAUAACUAUAUUUUGCCCAAGAAUUACAUUUUGCAGUGUUGUAAAAAAUAUGCUCAUUUAGCGACAGGGGCCUGUGGCCUUCCUAACUAAACUUUAUCGAGAACUUUAAUUUUCGAGCAUAAAAUAUUUCAGACAGGUAUAGCAAAUUGUGACGUGAUGGCGACAGUAAAACCGCUUAUACUUUGUGUACUACUAUUUAUGAGGUAUUUAUUGACUGUAAGUUAUAGUAUCUAAAUGUUCAGUCACGUCGUAGCCGGGCGCUUAUUUAAGCAAAAAGCAGGCAGUAGUAAA